GUAGAAGAAGUAGAACGCCGAUAGAGAAAAAGGAAGUUCCGCGUAUUUUCAUCUGGUUUAAAGAACGUUUCCAUCAGAGUUGCUCUACAUCCAACCAAAAUAAGCAACUAUGGAGACACUCAUUUUUCCCCAACUCAUCGUGGUUAUGACAAAUGGAGCGCAAACAACUGCAAAAGAUGAACCUGGAGAGGCUUCCCAACGAAGAAAAGCUGAGCCUAUGCAGAAAAUAUUAUUUGGGUGGAUUUGCAUUCCUCCCAUUUCUGUGGUUGGUCAAUGUGGUUUGGUUUUUCCGGGAGGCCUUUGUUAAACCUGUCUACAGUGAACAGCCCCAGAUAAAGACCUAUGUAAAGAGGUCAGGACUGGGAUUGCUACUUUGGAUUGCCAUUCUCACCACCUGGAUAACUAUUUACCAGCAAUUCAGAGCAGAGUGGGGUGAAGUGGGGGAUUACCUCUCCUUUACAAUCCCGCUGGGCAUCCCAUGAUUUUUUUGACAGCAGGUUCAGUGAUCUACCUUAAUGGACCAAAUAAUUCUCCUUCCUUAACUGCAUUGUACAUUUUGACAGAAUAGUCUGCUCUCAGCCACUAAAUCCAUUGUUUUGAAAAAGUUUACAGAGUAAGCAGAAUUUCAAAUGUUUUUAAGAAAAUGUGUAGAAUUAAAAAUUCCUGUCUCCAAGCCAUUUCAGAAGAUUUGUUGGUUUUAGGUUAAUAACAUUACAUAGCAGAUAGUCUUAUCCAACAUGACAGUAUCACAGUUUCUAAUAAUAAAACUUGAUGCGUUUUCAGAUUAGUCCAGGACAUUGAACAUCAGGGUCCCAAUUCUUUCCUUCUUGACUAUAAAUCUUGUUACCUGGGCAUGAUUGUGCACCCAAAACUAUUUUUACUUGUAUAUAAUGAAUAAAAAACCACAAAGCUA